UGGGGCGCCCCCCGCCCGCGCGGUGCCCGUGUCCCGGCCGGGGCGCCGGCAGGAGGCGGGAGCGCCCGCCCAGGGUUGGGUGACGCCCCCGCCUCGCUAACGCGGCGGCGGCUUUGCUAAUGACCUGUCCUUUCUUCUCCUCCCCUCCCUUGCUAUUCGCUAUCACUUAUUUCUCCGGGGCCGCGGUGUGAAGCCCUCGGCGGAGCGGCGGCGGACAGCAGGAGGAGGUAGCCGGCCCGGGGAGAUGCUGUAGGGCUGCGGGAGCGGCGCCGAGGGGCUGCGGGACGGGCAGAGCCGGCCCGGCGCGGGCGGGUGCAGAAUGUCAGCAGCUUUUUAUUGAUGAAGAACUGCUUGUUAUCACCAAUCUGCACAUGAAAUGGAAGGGGAAGAGAUUCUGGAAAACAACUUCUGUGUCAGCCUUGCAAGAUGCUGCAUGAAGGGGCAAGGAUACCCAAAGUUGCUUAUGGUAUUUUGGAGUACAGCUGAGUAAAAGGAAGAAAGAUUAAGCUUUUCUGGGAUGUUGGAAAUAUUCUGCAGCUUACAUAUUCAAGGAUCUUCCUAUCCAGUGAAGUUUUCUAAAAAUACCUAUUGCAAUCACGAGUUUUGCAUGUGCUGUUUUCAGCCCCAGCAUUCCCAAAAUGACCUAGAGUAAAAAGAAGUUGAAGUGACUGCUCUACUUGAUCAAAAUGGUGGACACUGAAAACCAGCUCUAUCCCCUUACUCCCUUGGAGGAGGAGGAUAUAGACAGCCCUUUAUCUGGAGAGUUCCUACAAGAUAUGGAGAACAUUCAAGACCUGUCCCAGUCUCUAGGUGAUGAUAGUUCUGGAGCUUUAAGUUUAACAGAAUUUCAAUCACUGGGAAAUGGUCCAGGAUCUGAUGGAUCAGUUAUAACAGACACCCUUUCACCAGCAUCCAGUCCUUCAUCCAUUAAUUUUGCCACAGCUCCAGGUAGCAUAGAUGAAUCACCCAGUGGAGCAUUAAACAUUGAAUGUAGAAUUUGUGGGGAUAAAGCCUCGGGCUACCAUUACGGAGUACAUGCUUGUGAAGGUUGUAAGGGCUUUUUUCGAAGAACAAUUCGUUUAAAACUCAUCUAUGAUAAAUGUGAUCGCAACUGCAAAAUUCAGAAAAAAAAUCGUAAUAAGUGCCAGUACUGUCGUUUUCAAAAGUGCCUUUCAGUUGGAAUGUCACAUAACGCAAUACGUUUCGGGCGAAUGCCGAGGUCUGAGAAGGCCAAGCUCAAAGCAGAAAUUCUAACAGGUGAAAAUUAUGUAGAAGAUUCAGAAAUGGCAGAUCUUAAAUCACUUGCCAAAAGAAUUCAUGAUGCCUACCUGAAAAACUUCAAUAUGAACAAAGUUAAAGCCAGAAUCAUCCUUGCAGGGAAAACCAAUAACAAUCCACCAUUUGUUAUACAUGAUAUGGAUACCUUGUGUAUGGCAGAGAAGACCCUGGUGGCAAAACUGGUGGCCAAUGGGAUUCAGAACAAGGAAGCAGAAGUUCGAAUCUUCCACUGCUGCCAGUGCACGUCUGUGGAGACGGUCACAGAGCUCACGGAAUUUGCCAAAUCCAUCCCUGGCUUCUCCAGCCUGGACCUGAACGACCAGGUGACGCUGCUGAAGUACGGGGUGUACGAAGCCAUAUUUGCCAUGCUGGCCUCUGUGAUGAACAAGGACGGGAUGCUGGUGGCCUACGGCAACGGAUUUAUAACCCGCGAGUUCCUCAAAAGCCUGAGAAAGCCAUUCUGUGAUAUAAUGGAGCCAAAAUUCGAUUUUGCAAUGAAAUUCAAUGCACUGGAUUUGGAUGAUAGCGAUAUAUCCCUUUUUGUUGCUGCCAUUAUUUGCUGUGGAGAUCGUCCUGGUCUUGUAAAUGUAGGACACAUUGAAAAAAUGCAGGAGAGCAUUGUGCAUGUACUGAAACUUCACUUGCAAAACAACCAUCCUGACGACACCUUCCUCUUCCCAAAACUUCUCCAAAAAAUGGCUGACCUCCGACAGCUGGUCACAGAGCAUGCUCAGCUUGUUCAGAUAAUCAAGAAGACUGAAUCUGAUGCACAUUUACACCCUUUACUACAGGAAAUCUACAGGGAUAUGUAUUAAGGAUUUUUAGUAUUUUUUUUCCACAAUAUUUAAAGACAGAGAAAUACAGAUGGGAGCAAAACUACUUGUACAGUUACAUGCUGUUCACUCAGCCCAGAGCAGGAAAAAUCUAAAACUGGGAACUGGAGUGUUACACUUCUUUUGGUUUGGGAUCUUUUCUCUUCUUUUGAAAAAGUGCUGCAGAAAAAUACUGGUCAGAGUGCUCAAUGGAGUGUCUUACAAUGGUUCUUUUAUUUGGAAAUUUGAAGAUUGGUAAGGAAUACAUGUUUGUAUAAUAAAUCAGAAUGUUAAGUAACAGAAGUGAAUGAAAUUGUAUUUCCUCUUGGCUUAGUCAUUUUAGUAUUAAUAUAACAAAUUCAGCACCUUCCUUCCAGGUAUCUGCACAAUCAGAAAGACAAUGCACUUUUGCCUAAUGGUAAUUACUGAGAACCAGCUAAUACUUUUUCUUAAAGCAUUCAGUCUAGGUGUAGCAAAUGGCUGGAUAUUACCGUCCAUACACUUCUAAAAAUUUGGAAAGAUCUUUGAUCCAUUGCUGCUUUAAUUCCAUGAAAUGAUGUACAGCUUCAUCUAGUGUUACCUUGGCAUACUUAGGGUUAGCACGUUUAAAAGACGGUUCUCUUAUGAAAUGAAACAAAAUCCAAAGAGUUAUCUAAAAUACAGCAGAGAUGCUCCAGCAGGUGUGUCCUGAAGAGUAAACAUGAUGAACUGAUGGGACCUUUUUGUUUCAAAAGUCUUUCAAGGAAAUGUGAAAAUAUCACUGAUGAAAAUAUAUCGUAUACCCUGGUUUUUUGCAGAACUUGUAAUAGCUCAGGAUACAAUUUUGACAUAAAAAUACUAUUUUGAAUUAGCAAGAGUUUUGGAGAGACUGAAAAAUCUGAUCCUACCCCGAAAAGAAAAAAAAAAAACUUUCCAGCAGCAAUACUGCAUUUUACUGCAGUGAUAGCUGACUCCAAAGGAAUGAUUGGAUAGGAAAGGCACCAGCUUCCUUUAAGUGUCUUGGCAGUAUAGUUAUUCGCACCUGUUUACUUCUGUGAUGAAUAUACUGCUUCAUUUUUUACUCCCUUGGAUAGAUUUCUGUUUCUUCUUUGGCCUCAUUGAUAGAAGUGUUUGGUGCUUGUUUUCACCAGAUUUUGUCCUUGUGGAUAAGGUGACAGUAAUACCAAGAACAGUGUUUGUAAGUGUCAGACUGUGUCAUAGUAUGAUGGGCAGCACAGUGAGAGUAAGUUUAUGGUGUUCCUAGGAGUAAACUGAUUUUUACAACAGCAGUUGCUGUACUCCUGGGGCUUUCUGACUUUGCCACUUCAUGGGCCCUUUUCUCAGAGAGCUGCCCAGAAAUGCCAGCUGCAUGCAAGGCACUCUGCUGUUUCUCUUUCGUUUCUUUGAUACGGUCACUUCACAUUAUUACCUUCUAAUUUUACUUCCUGUUUCACAAUAGCAUGGUCUCAGGAGCAAUCCCAGCAUUUUCACUACACUUAAGCUUUCAGUGGCACAGGAGGACACUUUGUACUUGUUUUAUUGUAGCCCAUUUGAAGACACCAGAAUCUUCACUGCAAGGAUUGAGUGAUGGAGUGAGAGCAUCAUGCUGUCAUUCCUGUUUCAGUGGCAAUGCUUGUUUCUGUUCAGGCCCAUAGACACAGCUGGACAAUUUACUGGGAAAAUUACAGCUUUAAAGGCAACUUGGGGUUUAUCUGGAGCAAUGAUUGAUAAAUAUAUUUAGUGUAAAAUGUUGAAGCACAGGCUUCAGAUCUGGUGAGCAUCUAGGGCAGAAUAGAAACAGUAACUGCAUGUGCAGUUAAAACUUCCUCCCCUUUCCUGUUGCCAGCAGGAAGAACAGGCCUCAAACACUGAGAGAGGAAUGUUGGUCUUGCCAGGAACGCUCAGAUGAGAAUUGGGCUGCCUUUUGUGUCCCAGAGCAGCACACAGUGUGCCCUCAGAAACAAAGAGAGGAUUUUAGGAAUGCUGCUGCUUUAUUCUCCCAGCCAGCCCUGUUUCACUGAGAAGCUGUGGGGUUUAGGCCAUGGAAAUAAUUGAUCUGCAAUAUUGCUGAGGCAAAAAGUUGUCAAAAUAUCAGCCAUUCUGGGAUGAUGUUCUGAAACUGUCAGAGACAAUUGUUAGUUUAUCUUCUGAAAGAAAGAUAACUUGAAUAUUUUUCCCCCUAAAGCUCAGAUUUUUGCAAAGGUCAAAUUUCAAAGUUGUAUUCCAUAGUCUAGGUAUACUGUAGGUUCUCAGGAAAAUCAGCCACAGUCAGUGUGCAUAACUAUUUUUCCACCUCUUGUUCUCAAAAGUGGCUAAAACACUUUAUAACACUUAAAAACAUGGAAAAUUAAUAAUAAAUACUUAAAUUCUCAUCAAAGCUAUAAAGAAUUGCAAAUAGAGUAACUCAGUGAAAGCUAGAACAUUUAACUGUUUUAGCAGCUGCUUGUAACAAGGUCCUGUUAUUGGCAUAAUUUUUUUGUUAUUUGCAAACCAGCAAGGAUUUUUUUACUACUUCCUUGGACAUUAAAAGUUUGAUUUCUGUUUUAAAUUAAUUUGCAGACCCUGAAUGGGAAGAAAAAGAAAAAAAGAGAACACAUCUCUGAAUUACAGAAAUAUGAACAAGAUGUUAACACAGCUUAAAAUUCUGGAUAGAUUUCACUGCCCACACUGCUGCCCCAUGCACAUUCCCACAGUCACUUCAAAGAGUGGCACAGGGCAGAUAGAUACCAAGAAUUAGUGGGCAAAAGGACCUCUCAUUUCUAUAUUAUGCUUUUAAGGAAUUACAUUUGCUCCUUCGGGAGGUGCCUACAGCAGUUCUUUGGCCAAUGAGAUUUUAAAGUUACUCAGUUUGUGUCCUUUUUAUUUUUAAUUUGGAAUCCGAAAGAGAUCUAUUUCUGAUCUAUUACUUCAGCAUCUCCCCUAUGUGCAGAUAAACUAAUACUUUAAAAUACCCCAUCUGUGGAGGAAAGUAAAGUGAUCAUAUUUUAGGAUUGAAAUGGUGUUGAAGAUUUACUGGCUCAUCAGAUACAGUUUGGAUCUGAUUCUUGCCAACAUAACUCAUUUUACUGUCGUAGCAUGGAAGAACUCUGGGUAGCAAUCAGGCCCCACAAAGAGCUUAAGGCAAGAGACAGCAGAUGGAUAGAGAAAUAUCCUGGGAAACAAUGGAAUUACUUAAGUUUUCAGCAAUCCUACAGAUUACUGAUUUUUGAGCAUUGUCUGGGGGAAAAUAUUUAUUUAUUUAUUCUGGUGCCCUAGGUAUUUUUUGUCAAAGAGGAAGGGGGGAAGAAAAGGAAGGUUUUAUGCCAAGUAUUAGGGAAAUCUGAUAUUCAUUCUUUUCUCCUCCUUAAAUAUUUCCUUUAAAGCUGCUGUUUAAAAAAAGUUACUUUGUACCUUUCAAAAUUUCCGAUCCCACUUUUGCUUUAAACACAAACUGACACCUGAUAGGAAAGUUUCCACUUCCAGGAACUGCCUUUUUCGUGGCUUUUAAAGCAACAAUAUUUUGCAUUUUCAAACUAGCCAUUUCCAUGUGCCUUUGUGCUUUGGUUCCAGCAGCUGCUCAAGGGCUGCCAGCAGAGUUUUGCAUUGUUCCUGCCCCGUGCAGGUCUCAGAAAUGCCAGCACUAAGCCUGUUCUCGUGAGAGAGCUGGCACAAGGCUGCACAACAAAGAGCUUAUAAUAAGCAUCUAAACAUUUGUUUGUUUAUUCAAACUUGGGGAGAUUUAUUCAUCACGAGAGCUGGGUCACAUUCGAUUGAGUUUGAAUUUCCUCCUUUUUUCUGAGGGAAAGCCUGGACAAGCUCAGGCCCCAUCUGAGGCAGAGCAGCUGGGGGAUAUCCUGCUCUGGCUGCAGAGGAACAGUUUCAGUCUCUCCUGAAAAGCUCCCUGUGACUUAGCUGAAAAUCUGCAACUGCAUUUGACAAAUGCAUUUGCAGCUGUUGUUGUACUGUGUGAGCAUAAGGUCUUACAAAUAAUGGUCCCUCUCAGAAACCCCUUGUCCUUUAGGAAGUGUUGGAAUGUAAGGUGGAGCGUGGUGUCUGUGCUUGCUUAUGUCCCAAGUGCUUUCCUGAUAAUCAGCUGCAUAUAAUUUUUGUAUUUAGGUUUAAUCAGCUUUAUUAUCCUUCUUUUACUGGAGAUUUAAAUUAUAUGUGGGUUUGAUCUAAGAUUAUUGAUAUUGUUAUGUGUUGUGGGAUUUUUUAAUUUAAUGUAAUACCAUUUCUUCAUGUUUCAAUUUAUAAAAUACAAGAAUAUAAUUGCAAGGUAUAAACUUUCACUAAAUUAAUUACAGAGGUGCUUAAAGAAAAAUGUGUAAAUUAUUUAAUUUAAAUAUUUGUUACAUGCUUUAUCUUGUGAACCCCUUGUACAGUGAGGAAGUAUUUACUUUUAUGGGCUAAGGAUGAAGGGGCUGAUGUCAAAGACAAAUUGCUAUUUAUUCCUGUCUGGUCUUUAUUGCUGUAUCAUUUGUGAAGAACUAUCACAAAUUCUUCAAAAUAUCAGUGUUUGGUGUUGAUGAUUAUAACAAAACUUUAAAAUAUAUUUUCACCUAGAACAUAGACUUCCUUUUAUUUAGUUUUAAUAAAAGCAAGUCUAAUUGAGGAAUAACUGUAAUCCCAAAACAGAGUUUUUAACUCAAAUUCACCAAUAGGAAAAGUGGUGUGUAGAACUGAGUUCAUCUUUGUUUUGCAGCAUGGUAGCUCAUUUCCCUUUGAAAAGAGCUAAAAAGAAGCUUCAUUUGGUGGGUGCACCAGCGCUGGUGUUUUCUGAGGAACUCACUUGUGACUCACUGGGAAUAACAACAGGCACUCAGGAUUAUUCCCUGCCACCUGCCCUGAGGGUGACCUGCUGCUUUUAUAGAUGUAUUUCAAACAUGAUUUGGCAGCACAAAACAAAAUGUUGAAAUGGCAUGAUUGGCUUCCCUACAGGAGGGUUCCUGUGGGAUUUUAAAUAGAAUUCAGAGUCUGCUCAUAGGGAUUCCGUGUCUGGUGCAUGUAGGUGUGGCAGUCUGUGCCUACAGCAUCCUGCUGAGGAAAUCUGAUACAGGGACAAAGGUAGCUUUCAGAGGUAUCUACCUUUCAUUUUGCUGUGUGAAUCACCAAACACAGUAGCUAUCACAAGCACCAUCUAUUGCAAAUGUUCUAGCUGUCAUUUGUACUUACUGCUUUUCAUUUGUAACAUACAACAUUUUAUUUCCUCCAAUUGCUGCACCUUGGCAUUUUCCCUUCACCAGUGUCACCACACAGGUAUGUUGUCUCCUAAGUGUGUCAUGUUUGCAAGAGCUCUGCUGGGCUUCCCUGUGCCAACCUGCAGCCACUUCCUUUACCCUGUCACUUCACAUGACACAAACCCACCGUGUAACUGAGCCCACCCUAAGGAAGGCUCUUUCCUCCUUUCUUUUUUCUGUUGUGCUCACAGGUUUUUAAAAUCAUUUUCUGCCUCUGAAGCUGGGUUGUUUUUUUUUUUUCUUGAGCUCCUUUAUUGCAUCAGGUAAUCUUGUCAGAUUCCACUGGUGUGGAUGUUUCGAAACAGAAUUCCUGUUGCAAGGACCUCAAUUUCAGAUGAGCUGCCUCUGCCGGGGGAUGGGCAGCGUGCACAAGAGACUGAUCUGAUUACAGGCUGGCCCUUCAAUGAGGACUGCAAGAUCAAGCGUGAGGUACUAGAAAUAGUUUCACUACUUGAAGCAGCAGUAUUUUGGUUUAUUUUCUCAGGUUGGAUAUGCAGGUAAUCCCUAUCGUGGUAAAGACACCAGCCUUAUGCUCCAUGCCAGGAGUUUCACGGCAUUCUUUCCACUUGAAAGAAAAAGGAUUGGCAGGAUGGGGAGGUGCUGAGCGGCUGAACUCCCGGCGGCACACCAGUCCUGUGUCUGCUCCGGGUGUGUGGGAGUGCAGUGUCACCAGCCACCUGUGACACUAUUACUUCUAUUAUUACUUCUAUUACUUCUAUUAUUACUUCUUUAGUAAUAAUGAAUCUAACCAACGUUUCAGUGCUCCCUCUGAGGGCUUUGACAAAGUCUGGUUUGGCAGCUUCUCGGGGGAGCUGCCUCCUGUGCAGCUCCUGCUGUUCCACAGCUCUUACAGUCACUCAGAAUUUCCUCUAGGAAUGCAAUGCCACAGUUUAAGUGCCCCGGGAUGGUGAAGCCUCUGCCACGUCUGUUACCUGGUAGGACACAAAAAAAUCACAGUGUUGUUAAUGUUGCCAAAGCCUAAUUAAUAGAGCUUAAAGUGUUUCAUUAAAUCAAGAUGUCAAUAUUAAUCAGAAAACAAAACAGCUUGUUGUUUCCAGUCAUCUGUUUUUAGGAGGUUUUAGAUACACUUUACUACCGUAAAUACAAAAUUCAGAAUGAGCAGACAUUUCUUGCAAGGAGUAGUCAAACCUAAUUCUCAUGGAAUGCUUGUUUCCCAGUAAAAACCACUAAUUCAAGCCAAGUUCCCAAGUUUCUUUCUGUUAGAACAAUGCAAAUGACACUUCCAAGGACGAAUGGAUGCCCUGGUCUCACAGGGAUUUUUAGGAAAGACAACGUAUCUUGCACUUGUGAAUGUUAAAGUCACAUCUAGCUUCAUACAACGAUGCAUUCUCAAACGUUACCAGCCUACUGACCUAGGAUGAAAAAACUUGAACUGAACAUUUUUUUCUUUUUUACAUUCUAAUUUUUUUUCUGCCUUCUUUAAAAAUAAGAGGUUGAAUUCACAGUGUUUGUAUAGAGACUGGUAGGAACCUAUGUGCUUUAAUCCUUUCAGAAUGAAUGUAAACCAACUUAAUUUGAAACACAGUUUUGCCUUAAUGGUUUUAAAAAAAUAAAGUAUUUUUAAAAGUGAA